GCGCGCCGCCGAACGAAAACUGUUCGAGAAGCGUUAUGUUCUCUUUUGAAACAGUAGUAAAGAAAAAUUAAUUAGUAGUAAUUACUUUUUCGACCUUGUUACACUCUAGUAACGUCUAAUACUUGUAAUUUACUAUGUAAUUUGUAUGUUUUAUUGUUUUGUAGUGUUAUGUGAUUAUAUCCAACUAUUGAUAGGUACUUAAUACAUUAUAAACAACAUAAGACCUAUUAUUCAAAUUAUAUAAAAUAAAAGUGUGUCAUACAGUACCUACUUUGUAAAUACUCCUUCUCUUAUUUAUGUUUAUUUAAUAUUGACUUGUUUGUAGUUGUUUUAUCUAAUCAUUUUAGUUUCAAACGAUUGACCUCCAAUAUUUAAAACUUGUUUUUCAAUAAUAAUUAUUGUUCUAUAUAAUAAUCUGUUGUAAAAACAGUUAUUGCACGAAGCUCAGAUAAUACAUUUGCCAUUUGUUUCUAUGAACCAUCAUAAUAUGUAUUUGGAUAACCGUGAUUACUAAUAUUAAGUUCAUCUGAUUUUCAUAAAGUAAAAUACAUUUGUACUUAGUGUUUAAAUUUCAGUUAUUAGUUUUUUCAGAUACUUAAUAAAUAAAGUUAAUAUAUAAAUAGAGUCGCGUUUUACAUUUUAACUGUUAUAUCUGAAACCAGUCUUUAAAUAUACUUAUCAUAAUACUCCAGGCGACGCAUUCAUUUAUUUAUUUUAUUUUUAUUUAUAUAUUUAAUUACGAGUGUUAAUAAUUUUAAUAAUUUUGCUUUGCUUUAUUAUUUUUGACUAAAUAAAUCUUUAAACUUCUUACUAUAUACAUAUUAAGAUGAGUGAAAAAGGAAAAAUAGGAAUCAUUGGAAGGUAAAACUGUGAAAUAAUAUUUAAUACUUAUUAUAUUAUUAUUUUUUAAUAUUUUAUAUAAUGAUGAUCAUUAGUUUUGCUCUUAAAUAAAUCAAAUUAAGCAUACACUUUCAAUAAUAAAUUAUUAUUUUUUAGUGGCCUAAUUGGCCAAAGUUGGGCUAUGUUAUUUGCAAGCGCUCAUUACAAUGUUGUCAUUUAUGAUGUUAACUUAGAGCAAGUGAAUACUGCCCUUGAAAAAAUAAAAUCUGAACUAAUUACAAUGGAGAAAAAUAAUAUUAUAAGAGGUAGUCUUAGUGCUGAACAACAAAUAGAACGUAUAACAGGUAGAUAUAUUUAUUUUAGUUUAAUAUAUAAUAGCUAGGUAGUUGACAUUGCUUGAUCGAUUUGUCUACAGAGAAGGUAGGGUGAUCAGCUACCUUCUCAGCCUCCCCAUAUUGUAUUUUAUUAUUUCCUGGAAUCUUGAACUAGUUUCCAGAAAUUAAUGUAGAUUAUUAGUUUAAUUGGUAUCUAUGGUAAUUUUGUUAAUGAUUUUAUUCAUUUUUAUAAUGUACUGAAAAUGAGACGUUUACCACUGGGUGGCUUAGGGUAACAGGUAAAAAAGACAAUGAUGAUAUUAAUUUUUCAAAAAAAAUUGACAAAAUGAAAAAUUUAUAAAAAAAAAAAAAAAUGAAUUUAAUUGAUUUAAAUCAAAAUUGUAUAGGUAAUUUAUGAAAUUGAAUUUAAAAAAUGUUCAAAUGACCGGUUUUCUUCUUUAAAGUCUGUAACAAUUGAAUUCAAUGAUUUUUUAAUUUCCUUACAACUUCUAUUUUUCACAUCCUUAAAAAUUUGCCCUAGAUAAAUUAAUUAUAAACAUGACAUUCAAUUUAUAAAUAUUAUUAGGUAACAAAUGAGUUUUAGUUGAGUUAAAUUAUUUAGUUGUUACAAUUCACAAGAUUAUAUGUGACUAAUAAUAAUUGUCACAAUAAUUAUUAGUCAAUUAUUUAAUUAUAUAUUAAAUAAUUACCUAAAUAAGUUCUUUAAAUAAAGUUUUUUCUAAAAGUAAAUAAAUCUUUUUUAUUUAAAAUAAAAUAAACAUUUACAAUUUGUCCAUUUGUUACACAAUAACCAAAUUUGGUAAAAUAACUGAAUAAAAAAUAGGAACACAAGAAGGAAAGCCAUCCAGUGAUAUAGAACUUAAAAAAUACAUCUAAGAUAAAUAUGUUAAUAAUAAUUAUAGUCUGGAGAAUGGGAGAAUUUACACAAUAAACAUUUAAAUUUUGUUUCUCUAGCUAUGGAGAUGAAUUCAUUUAUUAUUGGAAAUUUAAUAUAUUAUUAGAAUACCGAUAACAUUUAUUAAACAGGUGUAAUUAAAUUGGAAGAAGUCAUAGAAAAUGCAAUUUUGAUUCAAGAAUGUAUACCGGAAGUAUUAGCUAUGAAGCAACAAUUGUAUGAUCAAAUUGAUAAAAUAAUUGGCUCUCUAACUAUAAUUUCCAGUUCUACUUCUACAUUUUUGCCAUCUGUGCUUUCUGAAAAAAUGGAACAUCGCAAUCAAUUGAUAGUUUCACAUCCUGUAUGAGUAUUGAGUGAUAUAAUACAUAUUAUUUUAUUAUAUUGUUUGUUUAAACAUUGAUGUAGGUCAACCCUCCAUAUUUUGUGCCAUUGGUGGAAAUUGUACCUUCUGAAUGGACUGAAGAUUGGGUAAUAAAAAAAACUAGAACAAUUAUGGAAGAUAUCAAACAAUCACCAGUUACUCUUGCUAAAGAGAUACCCGGAUUUGCUUUGAACCGUAUUCAGUAAUGUGCAAUAUUUUUCAAAAUUAUAGUUGAGUAGUAUUAAUAUAUUAAUAAUUAAAUAGGUAUGCUAUUUUAAAUGAAUGUUGGCAUCUUGUUAAUGAUGGUGUACUUAAUGUGAAAGAUAUUGAUACAGUUAUGUCUGAAGGUUUAGGUAUGCGCUAUGCAUUCCUUGGACCAUUUGAAACUGCACAUUUAAAUGCUGAAGGUAUGUAUACCAUUUCAUUAAUUUUUAAUCAUACCUACUUUAACUUGACCUAAAAUGAGGGGUUGAGCGAUACAGUGGCUUAUUCCAUUAAAUGGUUAAUGGGAGUAGUUAUAGCUUUUUAAUUCCUUUGAAAAUUUGAUCAAAAAAAUAAAUAUAAAAAAACAAAAUAAAUUUAACUAUUGUUUAUUAUUAAAUAUUGAAUACAUUUAAGACUUAAUUUUAAGAGUUAUUUUAGAACAAAUACAAAUUUAUCCAAAUUUUUAAUUGGAUAAGUUACUUUUGCCCUCACAAAUUGUUGUUUAUUAAAAAAUAUGUUUCUUAGAUCAGAUAUUGAAAUGAAAAUAAUUAUAAUUUAUGACAAUAUAAUAAAAUUUAAACAUUUAUUAAAAUUAAAAGAUAUUAUUAUUUUAAUAUAAUAUAAUUACAAAAGUGGCCUAUCCCACACAUUACUGUUGAAUAGGUCAUUGUUGUAUAAUGCUGCAAUAGUGUUAAAAUAAAGAAAACAAAAAUUUGCCGCCGUAAUAUUAAUUAACCAAUUAAACUUUAUGUAUGAUUUUAGGGUUUAUGAAUUAUACAGAGCGUUAUUCAAAUUCUAUGUUUGGUGUAUGUAAACAAUUCAAGCCAGCACCAAAGUUUGAAGGUCCGUUAGUAACUGUUAUUGCAGAUCAAUUAAACUCAAUCACUUCAUUAGAAGAGAUUCCGAAUCGUAGAUUAUGGAGAGAUCAAUCAUUGAUAAAGUUGUCACAACUUAAAAAAUAUAAUCAUUAGUAUAAAUACGAUUAAUAAGAAAUUGUUUACAUCUUACACUUAUUAUAGAGGGGUUAUUAGUAACUAAUUUAGUAACUUAAAUAACCCCUUUAGUUAUUAUAAUAGGUGUUUAUUAUUCAAUAGUUAAAUAUUACCAGUUAUUAAUGAUUAAUUAGUAUAUAUCUAUAUUAUAUUGAUAAAUCUGUAUAUUACAAUUUAAUCAAUAAUGAUAAUGUUACUUAUUUUUUUGAAAAUAUAUAUUAUUAUAGAUUC